CAAGCCUGGGACUCCCUCCCCGUGCCCUCUGACCCCUUGGAGUUAAUCUGCAUAAAAAUGUUUUAGCGGAGCAGGAACUAGUGAUGCUGGGUGUGCGAGAGAGAGUGUGUGAGAGUGAGUGAGUGAGAGAGAGAGAGAGAGAGUGUGUGUGAGUGAGAGUUAGUUAGAGCGAGAGAGAGAGUAAGUGUAAAGAACAGAAAGACAAGGAAAAUAAAAUAAGUAUACAGAAAGAGAAAUAGGGGAGAAAGGAAAGGAGAGAGAGAGAGAGAGAGAGUGUGAGAGGGAGAGAUAAAGAGAAAGAGGGGGAGAAAGAGAGAGAGAGAGAGAGAAGCAGGCAAAGGCAGGAGCCGCCAGCGACGAGUCCAGAACACUUUCGGAGGAGUUGGCUUGAUGCGAGUGCGGAGGAGAGAGUUUCUGUCGCUGCGGGGAGAGAAUGGGCCAGACUGCUGUCUCCGGUGUCUCGCAGCCUGCGAGCGGUGACAGUGUGGAAAGUCCCACCGCCCCCAACCCGGAUGGCACUGCCCCGGUGCCAGGGUCCGUGCCGCUGAAACGGAGAAGCAAGUUGGCUUCCAUCACCAAUAUCUUUAAACCAUGGAAAUGGAGGAGGAAGAAAGCCAGCGAGAAGUUCCAGGAAACCUCUGCACUGCUGGAGAGGAAAAUGUCAACCAGACAGAGUCGUGAAGAGCUGAUCAGGAAAGGUGUUCUGAAGGAGGUUCCUGAUCAAGCUGGUAGCUCAGAGGUGACGAUCACAAAUGGACACAGCAAACAUGCCAUACCCAUCAGAAUCCAAGCGUCGGAGGGGAGCACGUUGGAAGCUGGCUCUACAGACACCACUCUGCCACAGGAAAUGGGAACGUCUGACCAGAGCCCUCCUCAUAAAGACCCGUCCCCUCAGGGGGAAUCGCAAGCCUCGUUGACGGACGGCCAUCUUGACCCCACCACUGUCGGUGCUGCUCAGAGCAAUGACUUUGGAAAGACAACUCAACCUGCCGUGCCCUCGAAACCAACGAACAGGAGCUCAAACGUUGAGCAUACGUCCGUCCAGUCGGAAAAGCUCUCCAGCUCAGCAUCAGCCCCUCCUCGACUUCAGCCCGCGACCAACACUAAUCUUCCCCGGGAUGCCUCCGCCUUCCCAGGCAGAGGGGACACACUCAAGAAGUCUGCGAGACAUCCCGAUUUCACUUCCCAUCCUUCUUCCGUGCACCCCUGUCAAAGCUGCUCCUUUGGAGUGCUGGAAGACAGCUCUCUUUCUUCCUUUCUCUUCAAUACCGAGGCUGAGACUGAAGGGUCCCAGGUAGUCUUUGCCCAGGAUGUGGCACAGUCUAACAGCAAGCAAAAGGCAGAUGCCCCUGCAGCUGUCUCCAUCCAACCCUGCUUGACUAACGGCAAAACAGAAUCAUUCCAUGAACAGGCAGAAAUCAACCGGGAAGAACUAAAGAGCAGUGUGGUGGAAGCUGGGAGCAGCGAGAGGGUGGAGGUGGAUGUUGGCAGGUUGAAGGAGAAAAGUCGGGUCCAGCUGGGAGCUGCCACGUCGGUGGUGGUGAUUCCCAGCCAGGACACUCCCGAGUCGAUGGGGAGCGACUCUGAUUCCGACACGGUGCAGUACAAGAACGACUCCGAUGAAGAAGACGAUGAGGAAUCGUUAAACAGUGCCCUGGCCAACAAGAUCCGACGGAGAGACACGCUGGCAAACAAGCUCAGGAACCGGCCGACCAAACAGGAGCUGGAAGACAAGAACAUCCUGCCUCGAAAGUCCAGUGAGGAGUGGACGGAGCUGAGGCAGCAAAUCGGCAACAAGCUCAUCAGGAGACUGAGCCAAAGACCCUCGCUGGAAGAGUUGGAACAGAGGAACAUCUUAAGAUACCGCAAUGAAGAGGAGGAGCACGAGGAGAGGCUGGAGAUCAGGAGGAGGCUCACUCGCAAGCUCAGCCUUCGGCCGACUGUGGCAGAACUGCAAGCCCGCCGCAUCCUGCGCUUUAAUGAGUACGUGGAGGUGACGGAGGCCCAGGACUACGACCGGAGAGCUGACAAGCCCUGGACACGGCUCACACCUGCCGACAAGGCUGCAAUACGGAAAGAACUAAAUGAGUUCAAAAGCAGAGAGAUGGAAGUCCAUGAAGAAAGCCGACAUUUAACAAGGUUCCAUCGGCCAUAAAGCAACCCAGCCUUGAGGUCUGCAAGACGCUCGAAUUGCCGAGUAUUGAAUUGCCGAGUUGGUUGAAUCGUGACUGAGGCAACGCUGGACUUGACAUAUGUUCUGUGCACCUUACUGCGUCAGUGGCUGAGGCUCGACAGAGAGCUGACCAUGUGCUACAACAAAACAAACAAAAAAAAAAGAAAAGUUUUAAUAUCUUAAGUAUUUUUUAAAAGAUUCUUUCUCAUUGGAAGCAGGCUGGCUUCUUUUGUUGUGGCUGAAGAGGAAAGUUGAAAUGAUAUUGAUCUAAAGGCAGUGCAGAGGGAGUGAUCUCUGAGAAUUAGGGGCACUGGUGGAUCCAGAGAGGAAACUGCGCUAACCUCCUGCUGCCUCCGUGACAGUGGUCGGGUGAUCUAUAAUCAGAUGUUGUGCGUUUGUGUCAUGUUCUGCCAUGUGGAAGAUCAUAGCCGGGGGUUGUUUCUCCCGCUAUUUACUAACCGGUUUCCAUCUUCUUCCCUUUCUAAGGAAACUAUAUCAAGGUGGGAAAGGGAACUAAUGUUUCUCAGUGUGACUACAUCAAGUGACUAUUGCUAUCUGCUCAGGGCAGAAAGUGGUGUAGGCUAUGGCUCAAGUCAGUGAACAGCUCAAAAUGUGCAUAAAGUUCGUACUGAACAAAAAAACAAGUCUUUAGCCUGACCUUGUAUCUUAUUACAUAUCUCUCUUUUCCCUCAGCCCCUACUUAUUAUUGUUAAAUCGUUAUGUUGGUGAUAUUUUAUAUGCAGGAGUUUAAUCAUGCUCACUGCAUCCUGAAGCUCGGAUGGAAUAUAUUGCUGUUUAUAAAGAGCCUUGGAGCAGGGUUUUCGAUGCAGAAAGUGGGUGCAGAAUUGGUGCAGGGGAGGCUUUGGCAGAGGGACAGGAGCAGUAGUAAGAUGGGUCUGUGCCUCUCAGUAAACAGGUGGAUGCGAGAGUUGGUGAAACAGGUGGUGGGCAGCUUGGACUCGCUGCCACACGCUGAACAGUGUGCCGCCACUGACCCUGUCCUUGUGGGACAGCCUAUAGUCAGAGAGUGGCCUCUCACACGCGCCCUCAGCCCCACAAACCUUAUCUCACGUCCCGCUGAGCCCUGGGGCUGAUUUCAAUGGGCGAGGGCUGCCUGGGUAAAACCAACCAUACAAGGGAGUAACCCUUCACUGGUGCAGGGGUCGCGCCCAUUCAAGGGUUCGCCCACCCCGUGAUAUCCUUGGUUCAAACGUCACGGACCAAACUGGCAUAAGUUACCCAGUCUGGGGAGGAAGCUCAUGGAGCUGCAAUUGGAUCUCAUGGUGGAGUAGAGGAACAGUUUCUAUACCCCUCUACCCCAGCACCCAAGCAACUGAUUCAACCUCCUCUCCUGUUCAGCAGAAAGUUCAUUGUUUGAAGUGAUGUGAGAAUGGUUCUGCACUGCUGCAUUCUCUUUCUCACCAGGAAGGAGAGAGAGUCAGGACUAGUUUUGUGAAAAGGACCAAAUGGAUCACAGACCCUCUAGUCCAUUGAGGGCAAGAUAAGGGGGACAGAGGGAGCGACAGACGUGGGCUGUGGUUGUCCAAUAAUCAAAGUGUCUGUGUUGCAUUAAUAGAAAUUGGUUAUGGGGUCAAAAGGCAGAGAGAAUGCUUUCAGGUGCAAAGAGCCCAGAGAAAGUUUAUUUAAACAGUUCUAACAUUGCGUGAGAUGUUGCAAAGGGCCUGGGUUUUCCGUGGUUACCUGCAGUUGGAACUAGAGCUUGUUCUUGUGAAUAGAGAGUGGGGCAAAGAACUGAAGGCCUUUGUACAAGUACCAAUUUAUUGUGAAUUUAACUUCUUUCUGUUAACUGUGACCGAGUUGAAAAGAAACAAAUGUCGGUCGGUAUACAGUGAUGUGUAAUCCAGCAUACUGACAGAUGCUGGUACUGGGGAUGUGUAACCCAAUGCAGUACCAGAUAUUGGUACUCAAUGAUAUGUAACCCAGUGUAUUACCAGAUAUCAGUACAUGAUGAUGUGUUGCCAGAUGUUGGUACAUGGUGAUGUGUGACCCAGAUGUUGGUCCACAGUGUGCCCAGUGUAUUGUGAGGCCCUUACAGUUGCCUACAUGGAUUGGCACUGGCCUUCCGCUGCACUUGGCCAUUGCCAGUAAAAACUCCUAACUGCAUCGUUCCUCCCCACUCACAAAACAGAAUGGAGGCAAGAGAGACUCUGUCCUUGUUUUAUUGAUUGUCCUCCUUGUCUGUGUGGGUGGGCAUUUGGGGCCAUGGGGGAGAGGGAGAGAGUCAGAGUUUGCCUGGCACAUGCGAUGGAACAAAGUUUUCAUCCUAAUAACAACAUGGUCCAGACGGUAAAGAGAA